GUUGAUCUGGGUGCUUCAGUCAAACCUGAGGAGAAACAUAUCAACAGAAAGAGAUUUAUCAACUGAAGAUCAGUACAGGAGCCAUUCAUUUAACCAGUCAUUUAUAUCAAGAGAUUGACUGUCUGAUCUGAAGCAAACCAUCUAUAGAAGCAGUGUAUCGUACUGAAUAACCUGCUCUGUAAAGAGGAUUUGUUUCAUGUGCUACAGGAAUUAAAACACCAUGUAACAUUUCCAUAAAAUGGCUUCGUAUGUGCCGUGGUCAGCUGUUGUUUGGACUCUCAAGGGUCUGUUUUGGACAUGGCGGUUUUUCUGGGUCAGCCCAUAUCAUGCAAUAAAAUGUGCAUCGUGGCCACCGCCUGUGCCUGACACUAUUGAUAAACCUCAUUUACAAGCAACCCCAGCAGAAGUAAAUUUAGAGACUGAGAGAAAAGGCAAACCAGAGAGCAGAGCCCAGCGUGAGCGCACCAGCGCCCUGCACAAGAGGCUUUUAAAAGCUGAAGAAGAGAUUCAGGAACUGAAGAUCGAGAUUUCCAAUCAGAGAGCAUCAUGGGAAAUGAGGUUUAUCGAACUGCAAAGAAGACAACAUGAUCUGAGAGACCAGUUGACCUCAGAGAUUCUGGUGAGGUCGGGAAUACUUUAUAAAGAUGCUGAUUCAGAAGAGGCAAGUGAGGUCUUCACAGAGUCUGGCAUGGAGAACGGACUCUCUGAAGAGAAAGAACAGGACGGUUGUGGUGGUCUUAGACACAUACAACCAAGAAAUGCUUUCACAGUGGAAAUGCUUAGAGAAGAUGCUGACCAAAAGAGCUUGUGUGGCAGUCAACUUUCUUACCCAUCAGGUGUGGACGUGUCUAACACGAGUGUAAGGUCCUGGAGGGGAGCAGUAAGACCUCAUCGGGUGUUUGUGCCCCACUCUCCCCUUGACCUGAAAAUUGGGCACAGGGUUCGAGUCAUGUUGCCCUCUGGACGGAUCAGCGUGGGUACAUUACAAUACCUUGGCUACGUGCAGAACUCAUCCGACUAUCAUCUGGGUGUAGAACUGGAGGUUGCUGAUAAUGGUGAACAUGAUGGCACAUAUGAGGGACAAUGCUACUUUCAGUGUGAAGCUGGACACGGUGCAUUCGUAGCGUUCAGUAAACUGUUAAUGGCUUGGGAGUAAACACAGGAGCACUUUGACACCCGUGAAGUCUCCAUGGAUCCACCAUUCACCUGUGUACACUUUAACCUACUAAUAGAUAGAAUAAUAACUACUCGCUGUGAACUGAGUUACUAUUUUACCUUGAAGGUGAAAGACAGGACAUCACAAAAGUAAUGACUAAUAUUCAGCGAUCAAUGUUUUGACUGAACCCUAGUGGUUAGACUUUAAAGGAGAACCGGUCUUGUUACAGGUUUACUAAUAGUCGUCUCUACAUAUUAAACUGAAACAGGAGGAAGCGUUUGAACUUUAAAAGUGACACGUGUUUAUGUGUUUAGCUGUGAAAGAAAACGAAAACAAGUUUGUAAAUGAAGGGUGAUUCAGUUCAUUUCAGCAGGUGACAUCAUGGGGUAUUACGCCCACAUGGGAUCUGUACACAUUUACACUUAUUAGUCAAACUACUGUAAUCAUGUGAAACGUUUAGUGUUAUUCAAUGUGUAAUACAUUCCAAAGCUAAAUUAUUCAGUAUACUUCAAUAUUAAUAGCUGAAAGCCUCAUCUAUAACAAAAAAGUUUACAUAGAAGAAGCAGAUAAUAUGUGAUGAACUUAUUGUGUGCACUUUUUCUGAUUUCAUAAGACAAACAUCAGUGAUGAAUCAUAAAGGGAUAAAUUUUAAUACAGUGAAAUUUCGCAUGAUGCUGAUAUAUUAUAAUCUUACACAUGAACAUUAAAGUGAUGUUUAAACAUCAUCUUGAGAAACAUAACAGAUUUCUCAAAGAGAGAUCAUGAUGUUCAAAUGUGUAGAAAUGUUUGUUAAUAUGUUAACAAAGUUAACGCUGUGAGUUAUCUUUGCGUUAAUGUUACACACACACACGUGUGUAUCGUUGUGUGUUCGCCGUUUUUUUAUUUUUCUCACUUAGCUUCCUUUUAUAAAAAGGAAAUCGCAUGUUCCCGUGAAUUAAGUUAAGGAAAAAAAAGAAUAAUCACAUGAUUUACACAGAGAUGAUUUGCAUUUUCAUAACACACUUUCGGUGGAUAAAAAACUUCCUUCUUCCUUGUAGAGGUGAAUGAAUAAACACAUGGACGGAGAAAAGAACAAACGUUUUUAUGAUCAAAUCUCUAAUCUCACAGUUUUCCCUUUAAGGCCCUUUCAUCCUUUAUACAGUUGCUUAUACAAUACAGAAUAUGAGAUCAGAAUAUGAUAUGAAGAUAAAUUUUGUUAUCUCGAAAUGCAGACAGGUUUGAUACACACAUACCAUUAGUAAACAUUGUUAUUUUGUUUGUAUACUGGCAUAUUUAGGUACACAAUUAUCUUAAAUAGUACUAAUAAAAGCUUCAUGAAAUAAUAAAUAGUUGAAAACAGAUUGUAUUUUACAAAAAACAUUUGACUUUGAGUUAACUGCUAGGAAAAUAUUUUAUUACCUUGAGCUCAAAGGUUGUAGUUUUGUAAAGAAAUGUAAACUUACUUAAGUUUUUCAAAAGGUUUAAUUAGUGCUGUAGUAAUGUCGUAGUGCCUGAAUGAAUGAAUAAAGAAGAUGUUGACCAAUCAAGAGAGUUUAACC